GUGGAAGAGACAUUCCUCCAGUCAGUAACGAGGAAGCGUUGGUGAAAGGUGUGCAAUAGGUCUCCGUGGGUUUCAUCGCCUUAAAGGCGUUCCUUUCGAGUUCUUAAUCGUAUGCACAGUUAAUUAAAGUGGAUGACGGCAGGACGCGGCGUCGUGCACUCGGAGAUGCCGGCGACCGAGGGAGAGAAUGUAGGCCUACAACUCUGGGUCAACCUUCCCAAGGCAGAGAAGUUAAUUGAGCCGGCUUAUCAGGAGCUCUUAGCAACAGAAAUACCGAGCAUGACGCAAGAUGGGACCUCUGUCAAAGUGAUCGCAGGGGAGAGCAUGGGCAUCCAGUCACCCGUGCGAACCCACACCCCUGUCUACUACCUGGACUUCGAACAACAACCGGGCGCCAGACUCAUCCAGGAAGUGCCACAGUCAUGGAAUGCGUUUUUGUACGUCCUCUCUGGCAUGAUUAAAAUCCAAAGUGAAGAUGAGGAGGAGGACGUGGAGAGCGAGGCCCACCACACACUCGUCCUCGGUGAUGGUGACUCCGUCCAGGUGACCAAUAUGGGUCCUGACAAGUCGCACUUCGUCCUCAUUGCAGGCCAGCCCAUCGGAGAGCCUGUGGCCCAGUACGGUCCCUUUGUUAUGAACACGCAAGAGGAGAUCAAUGAGGCUAUAACAGACUAUAACCUCCAGCAGAAUGGCUUUGAGAAUGCACACGGGUGGAGAUCAGCUGCGCAGAAAUAGGUUAACUCUACAUCAUCAGGAAUUUCAUUAGUUGUUCUUAUGUUGCAGAAAUGGUUACAUGCACAUUAUUUUUAAUGAAACAGAGCAAACUGCUCAAAUUAAUUAAGGUAUAAUAUUAAUUUAUAUCUAGGUUAAAUAUGAUUUUUUCAUUGUUAGAUUUUUAUAUUGACUUUUUUCACCAUUGUUCAUAUGAAAAAAAAAUGAACAAGUUAAAUCGCUCCAUUUUUUAAGUAUACACUAAAUAAAUAUUUUGUAAUAUAACAAAAGAUAUAUCAAUUCUGAAUAUUAGAAUCAUCAAAAUGCAAAUGGGAACCUAUUUACAUUUAUUAAUUAAAUA